CUCUUUUACUAUUUUCUAAUGCGCGCAUUAGUCCAAUGGCUGCAUCAGCUAGACCGCGGACGAAGAACUGGGGUUACAUUCGUGGAAGCAAGAUUAGGAUUUAUACUCCUCAAUCUUUUUAUAAACCCUUUUCUUGUUCGAUUUACUUUGUUUCUCUCAGUUCAACGCUGCUCUCCGAUGCUCUCUCUCUCUCUCUCUCUCUCUCUCUCUCUCUUGUUCCUUCCUUUUUUUUGGGUACAGCUCUCCGUCUCUCUUUUUAAUGGAUCACUACGGAUGGAAGAUCUCAUUCAUGGCUGAGGCGGAGUCAUGAUCCAGCGGAGGGGCGAGGCAAUCGGUUGGGUGGUCGAGGGUUAAAAAAAAAGAAAAAGAACAAAAUUUUCAUCCCUAGCAUAUCAUGAUUUGUCCCGAGAGUUCUUUACGGAAGUAGUCGUUCUAGCUUCUGAUUUCGUGGAUGGAUGGGGCAGGGCUGGGGGCAUCAAGCUGAGCCAACCUUCGGUGAUUCUUGCGACGGCGGGAUAUGACCACACCAUCAAGUUCUGGGAGGCCAAAAGCGGUCGGUGCUACCGCACCAUUCAGUACCCGGAUUCUCAAGUUAAUAGGAUGGAGAUAACCCCGAUGAGCGAUUCCUAGCUGCAGCUGGAAAUCCUCGCAUCCACCUUUUUGAUGUUAACUCCAACAGCCCUCAGCCAGUUAUAAGCUAUGAUUCCCAUACUAAUAAUGUGAUGGCUGUGGGAUUUCAAUGGGAUGGGAAUUGGAUAUUUGGAUGUAUUCAGGUUCCGAAGGUGGCACGGCAAAAAUAUGGGAUUUAAGGAAUCUGAAACAGCUUGUUUUCAUUGAAUCUUGCUGUGGAUGUGGUAACUUCUUCAAUUUUUGAAUUGCCAGUUAGCAUUUGUUAUCUGCAGAAGUUUUAUACGCUGAACUGGUCCCUGACUUGCUGAUUAUCAAAAGUAGAUCGACUUGGCAUUUCGUAUUGGUGCUGUGACUUCAUUCAUUGUUGACAGAAGCUUUCCGAAUUAUGUAGAAUGCUAAAAGAUACAAAAUUGAAGGAUAUUAUUGAAGAACAAGAAGUUGUAAAGGACCAUGUAUUGCACAUUGGUACCCUAAUACUAUGCAGGUUAUAUUUUAUAUGUGUAAAUUUGUUAGUUAUUUCGAUCCUCUCUUGCUUCCUGCUUUAUUUUCUGCAUCCCUGUUUCGGGACUGCGACUUGUCAAUGAGAAUAUGAAAGUCGUGCAGCUGUUAACACAGUGGUUCUACAUCCAAAUCAGGUUCAGCUUUAGAUGCUACUUGCAGAUCUUUUAAUGAUGUGAUCAUGAUGCAAUCUGCUACUAAAACAUCCUUUUGAUAUCCAUUUUAUUGGACAAAUAUUUCAAAUAUUUAACUAAUGGUGCCCACAGUUUACUUCCAAAUCUACCAAUUUCUAGACCAUAUAGAUUGUAAGUUGCUUUUUUUUUAAACUGUUGAAGCAUCCCCCAGCUCUAUUUUGCUUCCUGCUGUGUCCAGUAAGCAACAACUAAACAGAUAAAAUCUGGGUGUUUUUUUCCACCCCCAACUUCAUGAUAAGAGGUGUUAACAUGAACUUGGUGCUGCUUAUAGUGCCCUUUCCAAUUCACUUGGUUCAUAGUCUGUAUACCAGUCCUCUCAAGUCCGUGCCACUAAACUCAAAACUAGACCCUUUCUGAUACAUUUCCAAAUGUCGGUUUCCACUGUUCUAGAAUGGAUUGGAAAUUGAACAAAUGGGUUCCUUAAUUUUUCUUUUAAAUGAAUUGCAAAAUCUCAAGCAUACAUAGAACAGCAAAAUAGAAGUCAUCGGACAAUGCAAGGGAGAAAAAAUUUGAGCUGCAAGUGCAUUAUUGAUGAAAUAGAGCAAAGUAAGAGAGUAAUUAUGGGGCCUAAAAGAGGCAUAUACUGAAGUACACUGUUGAGGAUUUAUAUCUGAAGCAAAUAACUUGAGUUAGAAAAUAAUCAAGGAGAACUGUAGGAGAUGAUGAAUGAGAAUGAGGUGAUCGAGGGCAUAGUAAAAUCCUACAACAAUCUCUGACUGACUAGAUCUGGGUUUUAGGACAUUCAUGCUGAUGCUCUAAACUGCUUAAAGGAGCAUGUCACUUGCGUUUGAUGAUAAUUAGGAGAGCAGUGCUAGUGCUCCGUGACCCUUAACCUGGUCCUCCAAAGAAAGAGGACCAGGGGAACUAAAUAUUACAGUCCUAAUACUCAUACAACUAUAUCCAGUUCUGCAUCUGUUAUUUGCAAUUAUUAUGAGCUUCUUAGAAAUAGAAAAAGAGUAUUGAUGGUUAGUAGUUUGCAGAUGAGUGUGUUUGAUCCUCGCAAAAACAAGUUGCUAACUGCGACCAUUUCAGUUUCUUAUCCUGUCAAAGCGAAAUGAAUGUUAAUUAUUAAAGUAGUUUACUAUUCUGAAAUUAUGCUCACAAAUGAAAGACCAGAAGAAUUGUUUUGCUUCUGAUAUCCUCCUAUUGAUGGAUCUUUGGUUAUCAUUCAGUAUCUUAUACUUGGACCUAAUACCUUCCUUUUCAUGUGCAUGCGCUUGCACGUGUAUUUUUACUUGGGCCUAAUACUUUGAUCUGGCAAUAUGCCUCCUCUCUGAAACUGUGGCAGUUUCUAUCCUGUCAUAGUGAUUCUAAGCAGUGGACCAAAUUUGUCUGUCAACUUGAAGAAUUCCUCAAUGUACACUUUGUCAUUUUGCAGAGAGACUUAAUAUCUGAUGAUCAAAAUGGAAACAUACGGGUGUGGGAUCUGACAGCAAAUUCAUGCAGCUGUGAGUUGGCGCCUGCGAUUGAUACAGCUGUGAGUUCUCUAACAGUAAUGUGGAUGACAGCAUGGUGGUUGCUGCAAAUAAUCAUGGAAUAUGCUGUCUGGCGCCUGCUCAAAGUGACACAGUUAUCUCAGUUCCUGUGCCCAGUUUAUGCAUAGUGAUCUGCAACAUUCUGAUUCUCAAACUGGCAUUCAACCUGCUGGAGACAAUGACAUACUUCGAACCGCUGCAUAAGCUACAAGCACACGAUGACUACAUCUUGAAAUGCCUACUUCCACUAGAAUUUAUUGAUCCUCAGAGGUAUCAUUCGAACAAAUUAUCCGCAGAGCAAUUUCUCCAUAAAACUCAGAUCCUUGUGAAUGCGGUAUUCAUAUUUAGGAUCUUACAAGUUCUCAGUGGAACUAUUUCUAGGUAUCUUGCCACUGCAUCAUCUGAUCAUACUGCUAAAAUAUGGAAUGCUGAUGGUCUCACCUUGGGACGAGCUUUAACAGGACAGCAGCGGUGGGUCUUGGAUUGUGUGUUCUCCAUGGAUGCUUCUUCUGAUACAACUGCAAGACUGCAGAUGAUGUCCACAGGGGAAGCCAUUAGAGUUUAUCAAGGGCACCACAAAGCAGCUGUCUGCUGAUCGUGCCGAAUCACCACCAUCAUGAUCCUAAUCCGUGUACAGAUGUCAUUCAUGUGUAAUAACAUUUGAUAGUUACAUCCCGUUGCUUGUUUUCGGUCUUCUUAUUUUUCAGUGUCAUGAAGUUUCUAUUACCAGUCAGCUUUGCUCAUGCCUUUUCUA